AUCAUCCGAGAUGGUUCCAGUUAUUUCAAGGUGGUAAGCGGAGGAGAUGUUUUGAAGUUAUGGGUCUGCAGAUUUGCUAAUCUUUCAUUGUAACUGCAGACAAUUGCUUAGAUUUUCUGUUAUCAUUCACAUAAUGUGUGAAUUUUCAAUCUUGACUUGGCUGAGGAUUGUUGCUGCAGUCGAAUGAAGAUAGUGGCUUCCCUGUACUGUUGAUAACCUAGUUUUUUUUAUGUGGAUCUAAAUUAAAUGUAGACUAUUUGUGGGAGUCCAGGACUUGCAUCAAGUGGUCCAUUCCACUGUGGAAAUAUUCGUCCAUUCCUCCAAGCUGCUGUAUCCGCAGCACUUCAACUGACAUCCUGCAAUUCAUGGACAGCUUGGACUAGAUCUACAGGACUGGCAGCGGCCCAAUCUCCAAAGUGCAAGAAACAAUCCCAGAUUCUGGGAAUCAAUUUGGUCAUCAAAAUGGUGACUGUGAUCAAUACGCAUCAGAGCUAUCUUCGCAUUCCCCGAGUAUCUGUUCAUCCUGCAGAUGAUGAGGUGGAACAGAUGGAGAAUGGACAAAGCAAGACCCAGACCCAUGUUGAUGACAGGGCAAUGUCCAACAUUAACAACAGCAAUAACAAUGAUGAAGAGAAAGAGGCAAAGAAAGAAUCCAAAAAGAGCAAAAAAGAGAAAAAGGGUAAAUCUGGCGGCAAAAAAGAAAAGAAAAAGGACAAGGAAAAGAAAAGAGGUAAAGAUAAUAAGGAAAAGGAUGAAGAAAAACAUAAGGAUGAGAAGGAAAGUGAUGAGACAGAUGACAAGCAAGAUAUUAAGAAAAUGCUGAUGAAUAUGAUUCCCACGCUUCCCAUUCUUGACCCAGCAGGAAACAUGUACUACAACUGGCUCCUGAUAAUUACAAUGCCUGUGAUGUACAACUGGACAAUGAUCAUUGCCAGAGCGUGCUUUGAAGAACUUCAGUCUGAUUACUUGAGUACAUGGUUCAUCCUUGAUUAUGUAUGUGAUGUUAUUUACAUUAUUGACAUGUAUUUAAGGACAAAAACAGGUUAUCUGGAACAAGGUCUAUUGGUCAGUGAUGCAAAGAAACUCAGAGAAAAAUACUUUGCCACAAUCCAAUUCAAAUUAGAUGUCAUCUCACUCAUACCAACUGACUUUCUGUAUUUUUACCUUGGACUGGAAUAUCCAGAAAUUAGAUUAAAUCGUUUGACAAGAAUUAGUCGAAUGUUUGAAUUCUUUUCUAGAACUGAAACUCGGACAAACUACCCAAACAUUUUCAGGAUUUCCAACCUUGUCAUGUACAUUGUGAUCAUUAUUCAUUGGAAUGCUUGUGUGUAUUUUUCAAUUUCCAAAGCUAUAGGGUUUGGGGCAGACACAUGGGUAUAUCCAAAUGUAUCCAUUCCAGAGUUUUCCCGCCUUGCUCGGAAGUACGUGUAUAGUCUCUACUGGUCAACACUGACACUAACAACCAUCGGUGAAACACCUCCUCCAGUAGAGGAUUCAGAAUACUUCUUUGUGGUGGCUGAUUUCCUGGUUGGUGUGUUGAUUUUUGCCACCAUUGUUGGUAAUGUCGGUUCCAUGAUUUCCAACAUGAAUGCAGCUCGUGCAGAGUUUCAAUCAAGGAUUGAUGCCAUCAAGCAGUACAUGCACUUCCGAAAAGUGAGCAAAGAUCUGGAGAAGAGAGUUAUCAAAUGGUUUGACUACUUAUGGACAAACAAAAAAGCUGUGGAUGAAAGAGAGGUGUUGAAAUAUCUUCCUGACAAGCUGAGAGCAGAAAUUGCCAUCAAUGUCCACCUUGACACACUGAAGAAAGUUCGUAUCUUUGCAGAUUGUGAAGCUGGUCUACUGAUUGAGUUGGUAUUGAAAUUAAGACCCCAGGUGUACAGCCCAGGGGAUUACAUCUGUCGCAAAGGAGAUAUUGGUAGAGAGAUGUAUAUCAUCAAAGAAGGGAAGCUUGCUGUUGUUGCUGAUGAUGGAAUUACUCAGUUUGUGGUUCUAAGUGAUGGCAGCUAUUUUGGCGAAAUUAGUAUUCUGAAUAUCAAAGGUAGUAAAGCUGGGAACAGAAGAACAGCAAACAUUAAGAGCAUAGGCUACUCAGAUUUGUUCUGCCUCUCCAAAGAUGAUCUAAUGGAAGCUCUAACUGAAUAUCCUGAUGCAAAAGCAAUGCUGGAAGAAAAGGGAAAGCAAAUUCUAAUGAAGGAUGGUCUUUUGGAUCUAGAUAUCGCCCAGCUUGGAGCUGACCCAAAGGACAUGGAAGAAAAAGUAACAAGACUUGAUAUGGCAAUUGAUCUUUUACAGACUAAAUUUGCUCGACUUCUGGCGGAGUACAACUCUACACAACAAAAACUAAAAGAAAGAGUGACAAGAGUCGAGAACAAAAUUAAACAAUCAGGGAUGCAAUUCGAAUAUUCAGAACUGAUAGAUACUGAAGCCCCAAGUGAAACUGAAGAAAGUAAAAAGUAGUGUUAACAUUGCAUUUUAAUAUUACAAAGCUAAUACUUAUUUUUUACAUUACUGGACAAGAACAAAGAACAAUACAGCACAGGAACAGGCCCUUCAGCCCUCCAAUCCUGCGCUGAAAUAUUUUGCCCUUCAUACUAAAACUGUCUUCACUUACAGUAUCCAUAUCCCUCUAUUCCCUUCCUAUUCAUCUAUUUGUCCAGGUGUUUCUUGAAUGCUGCUAUUGCGUCUGCUUCUACUACCUUACACACACUGACCACUUUGUGAAAAGCUUGCUUCACACAUCUGUUUUGAACUCCACCACCACCACCACCCCCCUCAAACCCCAGACCUCGAACCUGUGUCUCCGAGUAAUUGACCCCUCCACCCUUGGUAAAAGCCUCAUACUUUCCACUUUAUCCAUGCCAUUAACACUCUUAAACUUCUAUCAGGUUGCCCUCAACCUGCUGCAUUCCAGUGAAAACAAACCCAAUCUAUCUCAGUAGGAACUGCCGAUGCUGGAGAAUCUGAGAUAACACGGUGUGAAGCUGGAUGAACACAGCGGGCCAAGCAGCAGCAGUGGAACAGGAAAGCUUGAUGUUUCGGGUUGGGACCCUUCUUCAGAAAAUCUAUCUAACCUUUAUUUGUAUCUAAAAUCCCCUAUCUGGUAAACCUUUUCUUUACCCCCUCUAAAGCAUCCAAGUUCUUCUGGUAGUGUGGUGACCAGAAAUGUAUGUAAUAGUCCAAAUGUGGCCUAACUGAAGUCCAAAAAGCUGCAGCAUAACUUGUCAAUCCUUUUACUCCAUGCCCUUCCAAUGAAGGCAAGGACAAACUGACAAUGAUAUCUCAGAAAGAAAACUCAUUUAAGCUUUGACAAAUUGUUAUAGAAUAUUUCAAUGUGUUCAAAGUAUAUAUAUAUAAAAUUCACACAUAUUGAUGAGUUACUGAAAACUGUUAAUAUACUGGAAUUUAAUUGCAAGUCACAAGCAAGUGUUUGUAUCAGCAUAGAAUAUUUCUUGCUAUAUUCGAAAUUUAAACUGCAUUGCUAAGUAAAAACGUCAAUAAUUUUUUUUUGCUUAAAUCCACUAUAUAUGUAAGGAAAAAGAAAAUGAUAAGAGUAGAGCACCUUACUGAGUAUUUUUCAAAAUGCUUGACAGAAAAGGAAUUAUUUUCAAAGCGCAAUCAUGAUUAUAAUGGAGGCAUUAUGUUUAAUGUGUUAUAAACAACUGUAUUCAAAAAUAUGUAUUAACAAAUCUAUAUGUUGUUGUAGCAAUGACUGCUCAAUUUCUUGGAUUGUUAGCUUGACUUUAGUCAGGUACUCAUCUUCCAUUAGACUCCAGUACUAAUGCAAAUCGAAUUUGCAGUCAUGACCUGGGGCUGGGGAAAGAGGGAAUCUUGUGUCGCAGAGAUCUUUUCAAGUGCAUUUCUGAUUUCCUACCAGCUCUACAAUCUUAUGAUUUUGAGGCAGUUUUACACAUGCUGCCCAUUCAGCCACACCUUUCACAUAACUCUGUGAAUAUUUCAAUUGGCCCCUUGCUCAGGAGCCGGAGUGGGAACUAAAGGUUUUAAAAAAAAGGAGUCAUUGCGCCUGGAUUAGUGCCCGGACAGUCAUUCACCUUAGAAGGAGUGACAGACUUCCAGAAAUAGUAGUGGUCAAUGGAACCCGAUUUCUGCCAUUUCCCUGGAGAUUUGUCAAUCUCAAACUGGAGUCACAACAGAAAAAUAGUAGAAUCCUUAGAAACCUUGGGUUCUGUGAUUCAGAAACAAAUUAUUAUUUUAUAUUUUUAAAGAAGAACUUUACAUCUGAAUUGUCACAUAAUCAAAUAUAAUAUAUAAACAUAAAAUGCAAAGAACAACUAAGAGUAAUAAUUGACAUUUUACUCUACACUUAACUAAGAUGCAGUCUGGAAAUAGAAAUAUUGUGGGAGUUUCUAGCUUCAGCUAUGUCUUGGUCCUUUUCUUCAAUGUUUUAUCUUUCUCAUUAAAUAGGUCCCAGAAGUGUAUGAAGACAGGGAGAUUCUCCACAAUUUAUAUAUUCUCAGACUACCUCUGUAGCAGGUUAAAAUAACAAUAGGAAUUGAUUUGACGAGGAAGGCAACAAUCUAUUUCUUAAAGACUGUUGUUAAAAGACAAAUAUGAAUGUGUACAAUUAAGUUGGUACUAAAAAUAGUAACAUACUAUGGAAUAAUGCAUUUUAUAUGUUAAGUAAUAAUACAUUGUACAUACAUGAUGUUGAAUCUUAGAUGUGUUAUACAAAAGUCUAUUACAUUAUGCUGCAUUUGAAAUUCUGUCAGUGUUUGAUCGAACACACGGAAGAUAUCAAUACUGUGUAUAGUAAUUUACUUUAUACUAAUAGAUUAUUCAUGAUGACUGUAAAAUGGCUACUCAGAGUCUAUUCGUCUGGUUCUUAACAAUUUUCCAGAUGCAUGAACAAUUCAAUGGUUGAGUCAGAACUUCUUUUCCUAUAUACCUCAUGACAUCAUUACUGCGUCGUUGUACAAAAUUAAACAUUAUAAUUAUUCACAGAUAAAUUUUAAAUCCUGUGGGUUCAGAGAAACCUCGUGGCAAAAGGCCAGUAACCCAGAACUUCUGCUGCUGGCCCUGUUGCAGUUUGUGCAGUCAGAUGGAAGUGUGGUGAUAUAUCUGGUCAUGUCAACCCAUGGUGAUGAGACUAAAAAGUUUUCCAAAAGAGCCAAGGGCUUUUAUUUGUUGAGUCCCACAGGCAGGAAUUUUAAGUUGCCUCAUGAUCCCUUUAUUAAGUGGCUAUCUUAAAGCAUUUAACAAAAUAUUCUGAAAGUUUUUGGGAUUGUUGCCGGAUUCACGGAUUUCUUAAUUGAGCUUGACAGUAAACCAGAUGGAUCAGCUCAAAGGACAAGCUGGGUCUCCAGGAGAGCCAAUGACAUGCAAAAUCCAAAAGUGUGUUCCACUGGAGGUUCAUUCCCCUGCUCCACAAGCACUGAUAUUAUUUAAAAUUAGGUAGAAACUUCACUGCUGCAUGAUUAUCUUGAAAGUAAAGAUUCAUUCUAAGACUUGGUGCAUCCUGUUUUACCCUGCAUUCCUGCUGUUCCAGUGGAUUGGUACUGGAGUGAUAGCAGGAAUGCAUUAGAAUGGAAGAAGAUCUUCAGUUCUUUGUAGAAAACAAUGUUAUUCUUUACAUCAUGCAGAUAAAUAAUUAAGAAUCAAAUUGUGUAUUUUGAUGAGGUAUUUUUGGCCCAUAUAGAAAUAUAUGGUUCAUUUAAAAUAAAUUU